GACAGCCAUGAUUAUCCGCCAAUGAGGCGGAACCAAAGGUGAAAACUGGUUUCUCGUAGGAAUUGUAAACGUUCCGUACACAGGGAGAGUUGCGCUGUUUUGGUGGAACUCCCUUGGUUUUGACGUUCUAGCUUUAAAUCACACUUUUAAUAGACAUUUCAGUGGCUGAAGAUGCCGAAGGUCGUGUCCAGAAGUGUUGUGUGCUCGGACACCAGAGACAGGGAGGAGUACGACGACGGAGAAAAGCCUCUCCACGUUUAUUACUGCCUCUGCGGGCAGAUGGUUUUGGUGCUGGAUUGCCAGAUCGAGAAACUGCCCAUGAGGCCCCGGGACCGAGCCAGGGUGAUCGACGCGGCCAAACAUGCCCACAAAUUCUGCAACGUGGUGGAGGACGAAAACACGUACAUCAAGAGAGCCGAAGGUAUCGAGAAGCAGUACCGCAAGAAGUGCGGCAAGUGCGGCCUGCUGCUCUUCUACCAGCACCAAGAGAAAAACAACACGGCCACCUUCAUCGUGGACGGAGCCGUGGUCAAGUUCGGACAGGGCUUCGGCAACACCAGCGUUUACAGCCAGAAGCAACCGGAGGCUCCCAAGAAAGUCCGUGUGAUGAUGACCAAGCGCACCAAAGACAUGGGCAAGUUCAGCUCAGUCACAGUGUCCACCAUAGACGAGGAAGAGGAAGAGAUCGAGGCCAGGGAGGUGGCGGAUUCCUAUGCCCAAAACGCCAAAGUGAUCGAGAAGCAGCUGGAGAGGAAGGGCAUGAGCAAGAGGAGGCUGCAGGAGCUGGCCGAGCUGGAGGCCAAGAAGGCUAAGAUGAAGGGCACACUCAUUGAUAAUCAGUUCAAGUAGACGAGUGUUAGAGGGACAUAACAGACACUACAGUCGUUGUCCUUUGGAGGUCCUCAGCCACAGUCGGUUCGGUGAAGCCCUCUUCCAUGUAGGAUUUGGCCACCAUUGUUCAGUAGUUUGUCCUGGUGACAUAGCAGUAGAUAGAGGACAAUAUUUGGACAUACAAAUAUUUUUGUAGGCCUUUCAUAAGAUGGAGAUCACUGGGUGAAACUUUACACCUUUACCUUUGUUUAUAAUGUUAUUUUGUUUAAUGAUAAAAACGUAAUAAAUAUCCCUUUUAUUUUUAAAGCCUUUUUCUUGUGUAAUUUUCAAGUCCUACAGAAGUUUUUUUUGUCUAAAGCUUCAGUUUCACCAUCUCAGUGAGAUUCAAAAGACAGCAGCAGCUAAAUCCACAGUUCAUACCUUUAUAUCCUGCUUCCCUGGAAGGUUUGUUAACAAUUGUUUUGUAAAAGAGAUCUAUAUUUUAACUUAUGACAGAUGUAACACUCAAGAGUUGCAUAAUACUGGGCAUUUAAAAAAAUAAAUGUAUUAUUAUAAUGGG